ACUAUACCCAUCCUUCGUUCCUGGAAAAAUGUAUUUCGGGUCGGUUGUUUGGAUCUUUUUGCCGACUCCCUCGCUCCAAUUUGAGGGAACCGAGUCCAAAUAGAGAAGUAGAUUUGGCAUGAUCAGCCAGCCAACCAAAGAAACAUCUGCAACUGGGGACCGACCUUCUUUGUCGUCGAAUUCGAAUCGAACCACUUCAAUUCCACCUCGUUGCCGUUAAAGCUCCGCCAUCUCAGCAAAAAACCCUAGAUCUCCAUCUGAAAGCGGUCGCAUUUGAUUUCCCGAAGCUUCAAAUUCACUAAAAGAAUUGUUGAACCAAGAAUGGAGGGGCAGCAGAAGAAUAAGGAGAAGAACAAGUACAGUAUAAUUGUCCCAACUUACAAUGAGCGCCUUAACAUUGCCCUCCUAGUCUACCUCAUCUUCAAGCAUCUUCGGGAUGUCGAUUUCGAGAUAAUCGUUGUGGAUGAUGGCAGCCCUGAUGGUACUCAAGAAAUUAUUAAACAAUUGCAGCAAGUUUAUGGGGAAGAUCGCAUUCUCCUAAGAGCAAGGCCUAGAAAGCUCGGGUUAGGAACGGCUUAUGUUCAUGGGCUGAAGCAUGCCUCUGGAAAUUUUGUUGUAAUAAUGGAUGCUGAUCUAUCCCACCAUCCCAAGUAUUUGCCCAGCUUCAUCAAGAAACAGUUGGAUACUGGUGCAAGUAUAGUAACUGGAACGCGUUACGUUAAAGGUGGGGGUGUACAUGGAUGGAAUCUCAUGCGCAAGCUAACAAGCAGGGGAGCCAAUGUUCUUGCACACACACUUUUGUGGCCUGGUGUAUCAGAUUUAACUGGAUCUUUCCGUCUAUAUAAAAAAUCAGUGCUUGAAGAUGUUAUUAGUUCAUGUGUUAGUAAGGGAUAUGUCUUUCAAAUGGAAAUGAUAGUUCGGGCUUCUAGAAAAGGCUACCAUAUUGAAGAGGUUCCAAUUACUUUUGUUGAUAGAGUAUAUGGAAGUUCAAAACUUGGAGGAUCUGAAAUCGUCGAAUAUCUCAAAGGCCUUGCAUAUCUUUUGCUGCAAUGGAGUGCUAUAAGAAACAUCUCCAGUGACAAGUAGAAUGUAUUUUCUAGAUGACUUAUGUGCAGCAUGCAUUGGAGUUUUAUAAGAAAUAAAAUGGAAAGUUGCUUCACUUCGAUAUAUUGCAAGACCUAAUUGGCUGGUGUAGUGAGUCAUUUCUUGCUUUGUUUAUCUUUAUUUUGCAUCAUAAUUCUCCUUGCUUUGUUCCAUUUCACAUCAGUUGGAUAUUUUAGCAGAUUCAGAAACUUACCUAAAAGAGUAGUGGCAUUUCUGAACCCAUUUUCUGGAUUGCUAGUCCUGCUUAAGUUUUUCUGGCAUCAGAUACCCCACCAAAAAAAAAAAAAAAAAAAAAAAAAAAACCACUUUAGCUUUUCUACUGUUAAUGAUAACAGAGAAUUGCAGACAGAGAAAAGUUAUAGGUUGUGAGCUUCUAUCAAACAUGCUACUUCGUUGUAUUAUUUGAUUGUCCCAGGAAACAUGAUUCAUCAGGAGACCUUUAUCAACCAGAAAAAAAAAAAUGAAUGAAAAGAAAUGAACCAAAUCCUUGUAAUCUUUGUUAUGAGUAACUAGUAUGAUGGAUCUUUAUAUUAACUAGUA